GCCCGAGAGCGCGCCGAGGCUCGGUGCGCCGAGGUGGACGCUGCGGCCGCGGGAAGUGAAUUCUGUCCUCUCGCGGCCUCUCGGGUCUCAGUUUCCUCCAUUCCCGCCCACCGGUCGCGGAGCCGAGACCUAGUGAAGGUGGCGUCAAGGACUCCAGAGCGGCUGGGGCUGGGCCGUGGCUGCGUGGCUGCUCUUUCUGUCUGGGAGGGCACAGAUGGCCUUUUCUAAUCUUCCCAGGGUGUGGACCCCUCGUCUCUUCCUGCACAGGUCUGUGGGUUCUGGCACCAUCUGAGCCCCCUGGCAAUCCCUGGCACCUCUGCUUUGGAGCCACCUUGUCCCCGGUUAGACAGUGUCACAUUUUCCAGUGCCGUUUUGGAAAGAUGCUGCCUUUGGAGAAGGCAUUUGCCUCCCCCAGGAGCUCCCCAACCCCCCUGGAUGUGCCCACGCCAGGGUCAGCAGCUGGAGCCCAGCAGGAAGAACCCGAGACCAUCCCUGAGAGGACCCCUGCUGACCUGGAGUUCUCCCGCCUGCGUUUCCGAGAAUUUGUCUACCAGGAGGCUGCCGGGCCCCACCAGACCCUGGCCCGCCUGCAUGAGCUGUGCCGCCAGUGGCUGAUGCCUGAGGCGCGCUCCAAGGAGCAGAUGCUGGAGCUGCUGGUGCUGGAGCAGUUCCUGGGCAUUCUGCCUGAUAAGGUCCGGCCCUGGGUGGUGGCACAGUACCCUGAGAGCUGCAAGAAGGCAGCCUCCCUGGUGGAGGGCCUCGCUGAUGUCCUGGACGAGCCAGGGAUGCUGCUGGGCUCCCCUGCGGGCUCAUCCUCAAUUCUUAGUGAUGGAGUGUACGAGAGGCACAUGGACCCUCUGCUGCUACCAGGCGAGUUCGAGAGCCCCAGCCAGGCCCGCGGAGCUGGGGAGAUCCCAGCACCUUCUGAGACACCCUGGCUUUCUCCAGACUCCCUGUUUCUGGAACAGAGGAGGGUCAGAGAAGCAAGGACCGAAGAGGCCAGCCCUGCCAACACCGAGCAGAAGCUGAAGUCCUUUCCAGAGGAGCCUCAGCACAUGGAGGAGUGGGGCCACCUGGACCCUGCCGAGGAGAACCUGAAGAGCUACCGGAAGCUGCUCCUGUGGGGGUAUCAGCUUUCCCAGCCUGACGCUGCCUCCAGGCUGGACACUGAGGAACUCCAGCUGGUGGAAAGAGAUUCACAAGGAAGCGGCCUCCCAGACGGGAGGCGGCAGGAGACCGCUGGGUGCGCCUGCGAGGAGGCCGCCCCCGCGCGGGUGGUGCCUGAGCUGCCUGCGGAGGCGCCCCCAGGGGACGCCCCUGCCGAUCCCCCGUCGGGCACCACUGAGGAGGAGGAAGAGCAGCCUGGGAAGGCCCCGGACCCGCAGGACCCCCAGGACCCCCAGGACCCCCAGGACCCCCAGGACCCCCAGGACGCGGAGUCUGGCUCUGCCUCCGACUCGCAGAGGCAGCGCAUCAUCAAGCAGCCUGCCCCGGACACGGACACGGGCGCGGCGAGGCUGGGAACCAAGAGGCCGCACCCUGAGGAUGGCGAUGAGCAGAGCCUCGAGGGCGUCUCCGGCGACGGGCAGAGCCUCGAGGGCGUCUCCGGCGACGGGCAGAGCCUCGAGGGCGUCUCCGGCGACGGGCAGAGCCUCGAGGGCGUCUCCGGGGACGGGCAGAGCCUCGAGGGCGCCUCCGGCGACGGGCAGAGCCUCGAGGGCGUCUCCGGUGACGGGCAGAGCCUCGAGGGCGUCUCCGGUGACGGGCAGAGCCUCGAGGGUGUCUCCGGUGAUGGGCAGAGCCUCGAGGGUGUCUCUGGCGCCGGCCACAGCGCAGGGCUCGCGGCCGGGCAGGGCCCCGGGGCUGACGAGCUGGGCUUGUCCCGCGGGAAGCCCUACGCCUGCGGCGAGUGCGGGGAGGCCUUCGCGUGGCUUUCGCACCUCAUGGAGCACCACAGCAGCCAUGGCGGCCGGAAGCGCUACGCCUGUCAAGGCUGCUGGAAGACCUUCCACUUCAGCCUGGCCCUAGCCGAGCACCAGAAGACCCACGAGAAGGAGAAAGGCUACGCGCUGGGGAUCGCCCGGGGCCCCCAACCGUCCACCCGCGAAGCCCAGGCAGGGGCUGGGGCGGGCGGGCCCCCGGAGAGCGUGGAGGGCGAGGCUCUCCCCGCACCCCCAGAGGCGCAGAGGUGAGCCCCUGUGCUGUCCCGGAGGGGCCGCCCUGCCGGCCGUGAAUCCCAGACGAAGCAUCGGGCCCUUCCACGCCCCUGGUGGCGGCUUCCUGUGGUGUCUGUGGACGUCAUCUGCCUGUGCCCCGAAUCCGCCCCUGAGGCUAAGCGCUCCCAACGAGAAGGGUCCACGGGAAGCCCUCACCUCUGUAAACACACCCUGGGCCAGCGCUCACAUCCGAGGGGAGCCGCCGGAUGUGGAAGAAGACUCCGCUUUCCUGCAGCCAUUUAGUGCCGCCCCACGCUAGGUUAUUUGACAUUGUGCAGUGUAGAGUUGCCUUAAAGUGCGUGAUCUGCCAGUGCUUUCUUCAAGUCGCCCUUGCCCCGAUUCCUCCUGUUUGCGCUCCCCAGGGUUGCUCAAGUGGAAAUUUUGUCAAUUGUUUAGCCUUUUCGUACUUGCGUGAUGUCAACUUCACUUCUAAUCUGCAAAAGCAGAAGUUGUUUCCUAGUUUACCUCACGUGUCUUUACCUGUAUGGAGUAGCUCGCAGAGAUCACAGAAAUGCUUGCAGCGUAAGGCAGGGUUUUCAGACCGUGGGUCCCAGCCCAUUAGUUAAAAUGGGAAAUCAAUUAGCAAGUGGCCACCAGCAUUACACAGCAAUGAAUCAGAAUAAAGUAGGCCAGAAUGCAUCAUGUAGUAAAGGCAAAUACUGUUUUGUGAAACUUUUCACCCAUACAUCUAAAUGUGAGAACUGGUUGCAAUGUAAGAGAUGUAUUUCUUGCUGGGAAGUUGUGAUCAAAAUAAGUUGAAAACGCCAAUAAAGAUCUGUCUGUCUGAGCAAAGAAGACUAAACUC